GCUGGGGUAGAUGGCCUCAGCUCCACUGGCUUGUUGAUGCCGAUUACACCAACCACCGCGUAUCGACAAGAAUCGGAUCUGGCCCCAGACUUCGCUACUUUAACGGCUGCGCCAAUAUCACGCAAUUGUUCAAGAGUUACAAACUCACGACACUCGAAUUGCACGAAAAGGCCCUUUGCGCCUGCUGCCAUUGGCGUCAUCACCUCCACCUAGCAAUGCGACAGUGCGCCGCGUAAAUGUCGCCCGAUCACGGAUCGUCGCGGUCGCGACGGGGAGUUUGGAGCCACUGGGUCCCUCUCGCAGUUACACUUACAGUUGCUACUGUAGGCGUAGCUGCUUGGGUUUGGAGUCAGCGAAAAGACGGAGAUGACGAAGACGACCACUACGGCUUAGACUACGGCAAUCAAGCUCGCGCAGGUGACAAUCAACCCCACGGUUCCCGAGACAUCAAUUCGCGCGAUGUUCAAGGCCCCGAGAAACCACCACGACCUGAUGGCCAGAGCCAUGGAAUUGCGCCCGCGGACGAAGAUGCGGCCGGCGGAGGCUGGGGCUCGCGCAUGUCUGGUGCUCUACGGCGAACACCGAGCCCGCAGCAGUUCUUUGACUCGACAGGUAAGACUGUGGCGGCUGGUGUCGCAGCUGCGAGUGCAGCUAUGGGCAAGGCUUUGGCUAGCAUUCGCGAGGAGGACAAGAGCCCCUUUGACGAUACCAACCCCUGGCAAGAGGAAGCAGAUGCUAAGAAAGAACGAGCGCCCGCCGAUACGUCGUCACCACUCGUCGGCGGCAAUAGGCGACGCAAGACGGUUGCGAUUGUGGUGUCUGCCGAGACAGGCGCCGUGCCUGAAGAGGAGGAUUCGUUCCACGAGCACGCUUCUAUCCUCUCCCACAUCCCUCGAAACAUCGAUCACUCCAAGGUUAAGCUAUUUGUUCUGAUUUACGCUCCUGGUUUGAAGGAACCUACUAUGGAUACUGCUACUAGUAACCUUCCGCCAACUUCGCUGAGCUCUUCAUUUUCUAACAUUGGGCACGAUCAAGUUCAAACCCCAGCUGAAGAGUCAAAGAACCAGCUUGAAUCCGCAAGCCCUUCUUUUAACUCCAUCUACUCACAGGCUUUAAGUUUGGUCGAAAAGGAGACAAUGGUUCUCCCUUUCACUACACCUAACGGCCACGUUCAUAUCCUGCGACACCUCCAGCCAGAAGUCAUCUAUCUCCAGAAGGCUCUCUCUGGUCAGGAUGGCAGCAUCAUCACCACCCUCCAGACCUGGCUUCGACAUGACGUCAUUCUGGUUGUUGGAGCUGAUGGUGGUUCUGGUGGAUUGGCAGAUAGUGAAUCCGAGGCCGAGAGGGCUGGAAAGAGCCAAGAAUGGUGGCAGCGCCCUGAAAGAGUUGGACGAGGACGUGGAGUUGUGGUUGUUGAUAGUAUGAGGCUGAAUGAUGAUUGGGCGCGUCGAGUCCAGGGCCAGGAGUGAGACUAACGUGUCUUGCGCAAUCUGGCACGAGAUACCAUGAGCUUUGGACUUUAGUAUAUGCUAUUAAGGAUUAUUUACAGACACGAGCACGCGUGUAUUUAUUCAAUGAUUUCAUCUACCUUAUUUUAGAAAAUAUUGAAUUUUGUAUGCAAA